CGUUAAAACCCAAAUUGCUACUGCUUCUGAAAUCUGAACCCACACACACGCUUUCAGUUUCAGCACACGCCGCCAUCCUCCGCCGCUCUACCGGCGGCAAUCGCAAGCGACUCUGUAUUCGAAUUCCAUCACCUCUCUAAAAACCCUAGAAGCAUCAGAGCGCUGAAGAAAUGUGGAGAAGACUCUCUUCGCAGCUCCGAACGCUAACUCCAUCCCUGUCCCCUCCAAAAUGCAAGCUUUUCGUCACUGCUUCUGUUUCGUCUUCAUCUCCAAUUUCGGAGAUCUUUCGUCCCUCCGUUGGUCUAUAUCUUCGGCAUUUUAGCUCUGAUUUUGGUAAUGCUUCUACAAAGAAGGAAGUCGAGCUCGGAAACUUCGAGUCCAGAUUGAACUUGUCUGUUCACUCUAAGCAUUACUCCCAAGAGUCGCUGGCAUCACCUUACAAGGUUUCUAGAUCAUGUUUAUCACAAGACACUACCAUGGUCCCAAACUUCCCUAGGAGGUUCCUCACAACGGGUGCUACUUCAGUUGACAAAGUUCCUGAAGAUGCUUCUUCUUCUUUGGCAACUCCACGUAUCAAAUUUAAGAGGCUUGAUAAAACAGCAGCACAUAUAAUGCAGAUUCUUGACAAAGAAGCUGUUGAAGAAGUAAAGGCACGGAGUCCGAUACCUGAUAUAAAGCCUGGUUAUAUUGUCCAGCUCAAAGUGGAAGUGCCGGAGAACAAGAGACGUGUUUCAAUUGUCAAAGGCAUAGUGAUAGCAAGGCGCAAUGCAGGUUUAAAUACUACAUUCAGAUUAAGAAGACUUGUGGCUGGAGUUGGGGUUGAAAACCUAUUUCAUCUGUACUCGCCCAACAUAAAGGAGAUGAAGGUGCUGGACAAGAAAAAAGUGAGGAGAGCAAAGCUAUACUACCUCAGGGAUAAAAUGAAUGCCCUGAAAAAACAUUAACAAGCUAGCUCAUAUGAAGGUAUACAGGAAUAGGUGUUUGAUCUAAUUGCCUGGAGAUCUAUCAAAUUCCUAUGUGGUGCCUAAGAAACUGUUAUUCAUCUCUAUCAGGGUUGAGCCUAUCAGUUUAAAGUGGUUUUGUGUGGCCAAUGUAAGAGAUUGCAGCAAAAGAAUCUUAUUCUGUCAACUUCCGAUUCUGGUCACUGGUUUAGCUAUCUCUCUAGAUAAACAUGUAUCAUCAACAUCCCUUUCCUUUUCCAAAUGUUGUAGGUAACUAGUAACUUUUGCUAUGUCGCAAGCAAAUCUUGCCAUAGGAUGAGCAUUUCCCUUUAGUAGUUUCUAGAUUGCGUAAAGUGGGAAUGGUUUUAAAAAAGUGUUCGGUUGACUGCAUCACAGGCAAUGUGAAUUUAUUUUCUAACUUUUGGCAUAUUCUUAUAAGCUGUACACUUCUGGUCUAAGAUAUAUCUGAUAAACAUAUUUCAAAUAAAGCAUAUUUCUGUA